AUGCCGUUGAACGACACCAAGACUCCCGUUGAAUUAUUGCGCGAGUACGCCUCGGCUCACAAUCUAAACUACCGUUUUGCCUACAAGACUGUACAAUCCUCUUAUCGUCCUCAUGCUCGGUUCGAGUGCCAGGUGCACAUUGGCGAACAUCUCUUCGAGGCUGGUUCGGAUUUUGCUACUAAGAGCGACGCCAUGUAUGUGGCUGCCAGAGUGGCAAUUCGCUCGCUCAUGGGGGAAACCAAGUCUCCUGAAGGCGAUAUCAAUUCUACAACUCGCUCUCGUUGUGACUUUGAGAGCGCUUGGGGUAAUCUGACUGUCCCAUGGUGGGCCAAUACCAAGAUUCUUGUAGACCGCCUUCAAAAUUUGGGCGGAUUCACAUAUUCGUAUAUUCUAAACGAAAUUUGCAAAACCAACAAGAUAGCCAUACCUCUGAACAUUCAGUACAAGGAAAUCAAGGAAGGGGACUUCAUUGCGCAAUUGGACUUUCUAAACCGGCUCUUCUACACUGCUCAAUCACACGCAUCAGAGCGUGAUGCUAAGCAAGAUCUAUCUCGUAUAAUUGUCUGGACUCUCUUGGGAAAGAUUGAUCAUCGCACUGUCUCGAGAUCAGUCCCUUCCGGACAAAAUUUGGUCACACAAGCCACGCUGCACUCAAGUAUCGAAGCCACAACCUUCUCUUCUGCUCAAAGCAACCAGCGGGACCCUGUUUCGUGGGCUGAUGUGGUUGUUCGCAGAACCUCUCUUUCAUCUUCCACUGCGGCUCACCCGGGAAGUACUGACCUUAGAUCCGAAUCUUAUGACCAAAGCUCAGUCGCUACCAAUAGUCCCAAGACAACCACUACUACGGCCACUAGUGUCACCACCGGUGAUAUGGCCUCUAUUGGUGUGCUCAAAGACUCUGGCGAUCUUCAACCCAUCAACACCAAGAUGUAUCCCUUUCCACGCAUGGCCAUCAUGCCAGCCGCUCUAGAAGUGGAUGAUAUUCAUGUUGACUGGCCCAUAGCAAGUGUUUUUGAGCACCUCGACCUUGAUGGUCCCACUAGAGCUGAAAUGGAAGAAUUCUCGUCUCCCUCUCCGUCUUUGCUAUCUGAAUUAAACUUUGGAGCAUCCAUUCUCACAUCGUCUGCAUCUUCUAUCUUGUCUACCACUAGCCGUAAUACUUCACAACAGUCUUUCAUGAACCGUCGUUCCUACAAUGCUCCACCCCCACCACCUGCUUCUACAAACGCAAUGUCAUCUACUGGCUGGUACCAGCGAGAUGUUAGCUCACGCCCCAAAGCGUUUGGAUAUUCUAGCGCGAAAGGGCGGUUCCCUGAAUCGACUCAAUCCAACUACAGUCACAAGGAUUCUAACUUCAGAGCCAGACAAGAACCGUCUACUCAAAUGAAGCUUACUUCGCCUUACAAGGCAUCUCCAUGGCAAGGUUCCGGAUCCCAGGCUUUGAUGGGGCUAUCAGAGCAACCUACAUGGGUCAAAACGGCCGUAACAAGACUCUCGGAUUUCAUGAAGCUUGUCUAUCCAAAUGACUCUGUCAUCCAUUAUGAACAGUAUUAUUCUUCAGAUGGGAUUCGAGCUAGCGUAUCGUGCGGUCAUCUGGGAAAAUUUAUCAGUCGUAAGGCUGUAGGCACGCAGAGCGCGGGUACUAGCUAUACGUUUUCUGAAGUCAUAGAAGACGCUGCCAGUGUUGCGUUGGAAACUAUUGCUAGUCAAUACUUUUAGCGUUUCCACCUCCAUAGGAUGUUGCACAUCUAUACCAUUCAUUUCAAUAGCCCUUUUCGCUUCACAUAGCUCUAGUAAUAAUAUAUUUUUUCUGUAGUCAAUUCUUACCAGGUCAGUCCCUAUUAAAACCCAUAAGCCUUCAGCGGACAAUCAAAAAUGCUUUCUGAGACAAAAAAAAAUUGAAUGCGCUACGCAAUCAUGAUCUCAUGGCCAAAAUGGCCCCCACCUUGUAAGUGCAAAUAUAAAAGCGCCAGAGCACGCCAGCCAUCCAAAUCAUACAAUACCUUUUUCUUAAAACAUCAAAAAUAUGCCCGAAGGACCAACUUGUCGCGUUUCAUACAAGGCCGAUGGCCAAGAAUUUUUCGUCUUUGCUGAUGCUGAUUACCUUGAGAAGUGGAAGCAGGAUAAGACCAUCCCUAUUGUGCAGGUUGUUCAAUGUAAGUGGAAAAGGAGCCAUAUUAAAACCUGCGCAGAGCUAUAAAUAACGCAGAUUGAUUCU